AUGCUGGCCGCGCACAACGGCCGCGCCGGCGCCGUGGACUUCUUGGUGAACAUUGCCAAGGCUGACCUAACGUUAAAAGAUAAGGAAUUAAAUACAUCUUUGCACUUGGCUAGCAGUAAAGGUCAUGAAAAAUGUGCCUUGUUAAUACUUGACAAGAUACAAGAACAGAGCCUUAUUAAUGCAAAAAAUAAUGCAUUGCAGACACCUCUCCAUAUUGCUGCACGAAAUGGCUUAAAGAUGGUGGUUGAAGAGCUGCUAGCCAAAGGAGCAUGUGUCCUAGCAGUAGAUGAAAAUGUUUCUAGGUCAAAUGGACCACGACCCUCCUCUGCAACAGAUGUACAAAAGGAAGAAUGAGACUUUGUAAACAAAAAUAAAUAAACAAAAAGCUACCAUGAACUAACCAGCUGUACCAAGAGGACCAAAAUGCUUCAGUAAUUAAAUGGAAGACUUUGCUACUUUAAUUUUUUCUUCAAAUGUGAGUGACAGAAUGAAGUAGUUUUUCUAAACCAUGAAAACAUAAACUUUUGUGGUAAUGAGUAGUCUUGAGUGAAUUUUACAUUUUACGACACAGGUUUCAAGUCGACAUUUGUAACUGUUGAUGUGUUGACCACAGGUUUUGCUUUUUUUCCAGACUAAAGAACAUGUUUCGUAUACUUUUAAUGUAAAUGUGUUUAUAUUUAUUUGAAAGGAAACAGUGCCCAGGAAAAAUAACUAUGGCUUGUUCUCAUA